AGUGUCCUGUCAGCAGUUGCUCUUUGGGUUAACCUGUGGUUAUGGAGCUGCGCUUUUCUGAUGACCAAUUUCAGGGGGCCUGGAGUGAAUUGGACGAACCGGUGUUACCGGAACCAUGGCAGUUAUUCACUGAAACGAUGGGGAUAAAGAUUUACCGGCUAUACGAUGAGCAAUCUGGACUGUACGAGUAUAAAAUUUAUGGUGCUUUGGAGGACUGUUCUCCUGAGCUUUGCGCUGAUGUCUACAUGGAUUUAAAUUAUAGGAAACAGUGGGACCAGUACGUAAAAGCAUUACAGGAAGACACAAGUGGAGAGGAUAAGGUUAUCUACUGGGAAGUGAAAUAUCCAUUCCCUUUGUCCAACCGGGAUUAUGUGUAUGUCCGUGAAAGACGCAAUUUAGACAUUGAUGGAAGGAAGAUCUAUGUGAUAUUGGCGAAGAGCGUAACCGUUCCGCACUGCCCAGAGAAGUCUGGAAUCAUCCGCGUCAACAGUUACAAACAAAGCUUAGCCAUAGAGAGUAAUGGCAAAAAUGGGUGCAAAGUUUUCAUGUGCUACUUUGAUAAUCCUGGAGGAAUGAUUCCAUCGUGGCUCAUAAACUGGGCAGCCAAG